GGAGGGGGGCGGAAGGGAGAGAGCGAGCGAGAGCCGCGUGCCGGCGGGCGGCAGCGCGCGGACCUCGCCUGGCGGCCGGGCGGGCAGCGGAGCGCGCCGAGGUGGACGCUUCCGGGGGAGGCGCGCCCGCCGAGCCGUAGGUGGGGCGGACUCUUCCGGCGGCGAGGAUGGCGGCGGAGAACCACUGCGAUUUCCCGGUCGCCCCGAUCGGCGGCCUCGGCCCGGGCGGGCCCUGCCGCCGGUGCAGCUCGGCGCCGCCCCCCGGCGCCGUGCCCGGCAAGUGGGUGCGGCUGAACGUGGGGGGCACCUGCUUCCUCACCACCCGGCAGACGCUGUGCAGGGACCCCAAGUCCUUCCUCUUCCGUCUCUGCCAGGCCGACCCCGACCUGGACUCGGACAAGGAUGAAACAGGUGCCUAUUUAAUAGACAGAGACCCGACCUACUUUGGGCCAGUGCUGAACUAUCUCAGACACGGGAAGCUGGUUAUUAACAAGGACCUAGCUGAGGAAGGUGUACUGGAAGAGGCUGAAUUCUACAAUAUCACAUCACUAAUAAAACUGGUAAAGGACAAAAUAAGAGAAAGAGACAGCAAAAUCUCACAGGUGCCAGUCAAACACGUGUAUAGAGUGCUGCAGUGCCAGGAAGAGGAACUCACUCAAAUGGUCUCCACAAUGUCUGAUGGUUGGAAGUUUGAACAGCUUGUCAGUAUAGGUUCCCAGUAUGGCUGUGGCCGGGCCCAGCAGUCAGAGUAUCUGCUGAUAGUGUCACGGGAAGUGAAAGGGGAAGAGAGAUGCUUCCAGAAAUGCUGCAGUGAGCUGGUCAGUAUCGGUUCUUCCUAUAACUAUGGCAAUGAAGAUCAGGCUGAAUUUCUGUGUGUUGUCUCAAAGGAAUUGCAUAACACUCCCUAUGGCACAACCAGUGAACCCAGUGAAAAAGCAAAGAUUUUGCAAGAACGAGGAUCCAGGAUGUGAAGGCAGUAUUGAAGGGUGAAGUUUUUUCUUGUUUAUUCCAAGAUGCAGUGAGUUGUCACAUUGAAGAGGCUUGACUGCAAAAGAAAAAAAUCUGAUUUAGACAAUUUUCUGUUGAUCUGGGUUCAACCAUUUUUGCCUAUGAGCUGGUGUCAACUGGCUUAAUGCAUUGUAAGAUUACUUAAUGGGAAUAGAUGGUGUGGGAGUGUGUUUUAAGUUUUGGUUGUAGUGCAUGGUUGUACUCUCUUAUGGGCUAUCCAACACUGGCCAUCUGAAAAGAAAUAACCACGCACUCAUAUUUUCCUCUGAGACAUGUAGCACUUAAUGCUUGGUGCUGGAUGACCCAAUGUUGAUCAGUUAGCAGAGAUUUUCCUACUAAUAAUUGUAAACAUUUAAAAGACAAUGCAAUUGGUGCUACACACACACACACACACGUUACAGCCCACAAAUGCAAAUAUUUGGGCCUAUAUUGUUUCAGAAUCAGUGACAGCAUCAGUGACAGCCCCAGCUGACUGUCUCACACUGCACAUUCCUUAUGGCACUGCAACAUAUUCUAUUAGGUAAGAACAGCCUAGGAGAUCAACUGAAACUAGCACGUAAAAAGUUAUACAACAAAGGUUUUCUUUAAAGGAAGGUUUGUAUAUAUUGACUGGGUUUAUAGCGUACGUUAAUACCCAAAGGGAAGACUAUACUCAGAGAAAAUGGCCUUCGUCUGAGUCAUUCUUGAUGUUCCUUCUGACAAAACAGUCUCCUCCUGUAAAAGUCACGCUCCAGUCUUAGACAGAUGUUUGGAAGGGGAAUCGAAAUUCACUUAAGAUGAACAACAGAAAAUUUUGUUUCUUUUGAGAUGUUAGUAUUCAUAUCUGUGCUUGUACUUCUAAAAUUCCUGUAAGUAUUGAUAACAGUGGAUUAUGGUAGAGAUUUUUCAAGAGCUGGAGGUUAUAGAAAUUGGGCUGGCUGGUCCUAGAUCCCUGUCUCUGUGACUGGGAUAAAAAUCAACCUUGAGCAUGAACACGAGCUUGUGCAACUGAAACUUCUUGAAAUAUCGAAAAACCAGACAUUCAAGAUGACCAUAAUCAGUCUUUCUGUACUAUUGCAACUAUGCAGUUAAAAAACACUUUGAAAACAUCUGGUUCAGCUUGAUUGAUUUGUGUCCUGGAUGAAGGCUAAUACACAAGACUGGAGCUUUUUAGUACACUAUGUUUUGAGAAGAGUCUUUCAUGUCUUCAAAACACUUAAUGAUAUUGACAGUAUAAAACUCAGCUACAUUGACACAUGUAGCUGACAGCAGUGGAAGGAAGUUUCAAAAAGUUACAAAAUUGUUUUGAAUUCUAAAGACAUUUGUUUUAAUUCUCAGUAACUUCAGGAUUUAUGCGUAUACUCUCGGUAAUCCUUGACGUGAAUGCCUGAUUAUCAAGCACCUAAGGCCUACCCUUUUUUUCUAAAAAAAAAAAAAAAAAAAAAGAAAACAAAAACAACCAAAAAAGACUUACUAUACAUUGAUAAAAGUUUGGCAGAAUUUGUAAAAAAAAAAACAAAAAAAAAACAUUUCUACUAAGCUGGUUAAACAGUGAGCUAAAUAUUUUGUCCAUGCAUCUAAUGCUUGAAAGGGUUUGUAAUGCAUUUUGCCACUUGGACGUGGUCUGCACUGAAAGCUGCUGGCCCCUCCACAACAAUACAUACAAUGUUUGUCUUUUUUAAAGAUGUUCAAAAUGAAUUGAAUUUACUAAACAUGUAAUUGUGUAGGGGAAAAUGUUUAUACUUUUAUACUUUUUUAGGCACCCAUAUUUUAUCAGCUUAAAUUUAGCACCCAAGGUUCCCCUAAAUAGUAACAGAUUAUCUUGUGUAUCUGAAAAUAAGCCUAACUAUUGUCUGUGUUAUCUACAUAUUAAAGCAUUUCCUCUGCUGC